AUGCCGCUCCUUCUGCCCAGGGCGCACGGUGACUUCGGGCAGGUGCUCAACUACGGCGGCGGCUGGACCGAGGCAUAUGUGUGUGCCAAUGCCCGCUGCGUGGCUACGUUGGGGAUCUUAUAUUGUUGGAGGCUCGCCAAGAACCCUCACCCCAAUAUCAUUGGGGCAGUGCAACCGCUAUCGGUAUGCCUAUCCUUCUACUCCAGGGCGCAUGGCGACUUUGGGCAGAUGCUGAAUGACGGCGACUGGGUCAUUGCGGGCAAGCUUAGGGGGCGUUUUGCAGCGUAUUGCAGCGUGGCAGACAUCGUCGCCUCCGGCAUGCGACACAUUCACAAGGCAGGCACCGGCCACGGGGACCUCACGCCGCCAAACAUCCUCCUGGUUGACGACGGGUGCGGGGGAUGCGUGCCCCAAGUCUCCGACUUCGGUCUUGCCCGAGCGGAGGCGAAGGCCAAGAAGACUCUGCAGGCGAAUGGCGGGGGUCCGUUGGCCAUGACACAGAUAAAUACCUUCGAGAGGAACUUAAUGGAGAGGACGAUGGCGACAGGAGUCUUCACUACACUCAUUACCGUGGACAACUCGCACCCGGACCUGGGCCCGACUAGCGUACGGGACUUGGACCGUACUACGGGAGAGCGAGGGGGUCAAACCCCCCAGUUGUCGUGCUACCUCCCGACAUUCUUGACAAGCGACCUAAACAACCGCGGAGACAUGGCCACCUUCGAGAAGGUGAUGGGACACAUCAUCGAGAUGGUCGAAGCCCAGGGAGAGAUCAAAGUUAACGAACAGGAACGAGAUGGGUCUGCUGAGUCUGAGAGAUUGCAAAAAGACUGCUCGUGGAAUGCACACAUGUCCAAGGUAGCGGAAAAGGGCAAAGCACGAGCAGGGAAGCUGCACCCAAUAUUCGCAAAUCGGCACCUCGAUUCACGCAUCAAAUUGACAGUUUUGAAGAGCGUAAUCGUACCGCCGCUAGAGUACGCCGGAGAAGUAUGGGAAGGAAAUAAGAACGUAGUGAACGAACUCGAGGCGGCGCAGAUGAAAGCAGCGAAAAUCAUCGUAGGAUGCUCCAAGCGCACAAACGCGAGGAAGCUGACAUGGCCGUAUUGCAUGUGCGGGAUGGGAAAGGAGAGGUUGCCGAGAAUUGUAUGGGAGGCGAAGUGGGCAAACAAAAACAGGGGUAGACAACCCACGGAAUGGGUCAAGGUUGUAGAGGUCGUAUGGAAGGGGCUCGACAUCGACAAAGAUGAAACGCUGGAAACGGAGGGUCUACAGGGGUUCAAGGAGAAGAUAUCUGUUGCUUGUGCCGAGAGAGAAGAACAGAAUCUGAGGAAAGAAUCCAAGGAUAAGGAGGGUCUAGAAGUGUACGGAAUGUUGAAGGAAGGAAUAGGGUUCAAGGACUACCUACAUGGACCAAUGGAUGCAGGAACAANGAAGGGAUAUCGUUAG